ACCCACAUGAAAUUGUCUCUCCUACUCAUUAAAUAUUUUCACUUACAAGGCAUAAACCAUGAAAUUAUGAAAACAAUUUGUUGACUGUAAUCACUACAAGUAUUUCUUAACAAAAUCUUAUAAAGGUAGACGAGGGUAUUUUGGUCUAUGAAAUUUGGCCUCGUGUUUAAAGUUAGGCCAACCCACAUGAGCAGAUUCUCAUUAUUUCAAAGUCGUUUCCUUGGAGUUUGUAAUUCAUUUAAUUAAAUGUUUUUUUAGUUCUCUAUUUCUAAAUUUCUAUUAAUAAUACACACAACACAUGAAUCAGAGAAGAGAGGUUUCCCUGGGUGUGGUCACUUGCAUUGCAUUACAUUAUAUUUUGUUCGUCCUGUUGCAUCUGAAUCUCAGGGAUCCAAUUGUUGAGAGAGAGACACACACACAUCUCUUGUCCAGAUUGCUGGUCUAUAGACACCAUUAUAUGAGCUUGAUCAUUAGUUGUUGUUUCCUCUCUGCAUCUUCUGUUCUGUUCUUUGGGGGGGAUAUAUACUGCUUUUGUUUCUGUAUAUUUAUUCAUUCAUUGCUUCCCUGCCUCUCACUCUCAUCCAUCAGGAGUGCAUCGCAGGGGUCUACGAUCUAGUUUACAAAAACCCGAUAUAGUGGAAGAUAUUCUUGCUGAGUUGCAUAAAAAUAAAUUGCAAGCUAUGGCCUGCACUGCAGUUGCCAUGCCUACCUCUCCAGCAACCAUGGAUAUAGCAAAAGAGCAUAAUGGUCUUCGCCGUUCGCACUCCAUCAACGACAUAUACACGCGUUCGAUAAUGAGGAGGUCUUAUUCUGAUAACCACCUGUGUUGCUCCUUCAACCGUAUAAAAGCCACAUCAGUGCAACCAAAACUUAAGCACAACCAGUCAAUGGGAACUUCUCCAUUUCAGUUUUCAGGUUCCAUUCUCCCAAAUUCAUUGCGCUCAUUCUUAUUUGACCAACAAACCAGCAAGGACAUACAUACAAGUGAGAAGGAUAUAAAUUUUGAGGAAAACAGUAAAGAAGAAAGAGUAAAUAGAGCUAACUGGAUAGAGAGACUUGUGGAAAUUAAGAAGCAUUGGAGAAACAGGAUACCCAAAGAAAGCAUCGAUAUGGAUGUGAUAUGUGAUGAUGAUAAUAAUACAUCUGGUGAAUGUGAUUGUGAUGAUGACAGUGUUUGUAUGGUGGAUUAUGAUGAUGAAGAAGAAGUGACAUAUGAUCGUGACUCAUUCUCAAAAUUUCUUGUUCAAGUGCCAUGGUCUGAUACCAAACUAUACUCUCAGCUAGCUUUUCUGUGCAACAUGGCUUAUGAAAUACCCCAAAUCAAGGUAAGCACCAAUGGUAUAACAAAUUCUCAAGAUUUGCAUAUGCAGUUUCACAUGUGUUUUCCUUUUUUUUCACGAAUGAGUCAAAAGAGAAACAUAAACAUAUAUUUCUUAACAAAAAAUUUGCAGGCUCAAGAGUUGAGGAAAUACUACAGCCUUCAAUUUAUAACAUCUUCUCUAGAGAAGAAAGCUGCAGUGGCCAAGUUAAAAGAAAAACUUAAUCAGGAUUUACCGCGCAUUCCUAUGGAUGAUGACUCAGUAGCCUCUGAUCAAGACAGCUUAGAGAAAGGAAAAGAUAAUGAACAGAAGCCUCAAAUCCGACUUGCUUAUGACAUUGCUGCCUCAGCUGCCUCCUAUGUCCAAUUGCAAACAAAGAACCUCUUAUCCCUUGCUGCUAAGUCACAGCAAAGUGAUAAUGAAGAUUCCAAUGAAGGAAGAGAGGACUCUACACAACAGGAGACAGAAGGCACUUCACCGCGAGCUUAUAAAUCAGAGGUUGCAGCUUAUAUGGCGGCAUCAACAGUGACUUCUGUGGUUGCAGCAGGAGAGAGGGAAAAGCAGGAAGCAGCAAAUAAUCUGCAGUCACUUCAUUCUUCACCUUGUGAAUGGUUUGUUUGUGAUGAUUUCAGCAAUUACACUCGAUGUUUUGUAAUUCAGGGUUCAGACUCUCUAGCAUCUUGGCAAGCAAACCUCUUCUUUGAGCCUACAAAGUUUGAGAACACAGAAGUAAUUGUUCACAGAGGAAUAUAUGAAGCUGCAAAAGGAAUAUAUGAGCAAUUCAUGCCGGAAAUUUUGGACCAUUUGAAAAGACACGGGGAUCGUGCGAAGCUUCAAUUCACCGGACAUUCCCUCGGGGGAAGUCUUUCUCUUUUGGUUCAUUUGAUGCUAUUGACUAGGAAAGUUGUCAGCUCUUCAACUCUUCGACCAGUAGUGACUUUUGGCUCACCAUUUGUAUUCUGCGGAGGCCAAAAAUUAAUCGAUGAACUAGGCCUAGAUGAGAGCCACAUCCACUGUGUGAUGAUGCAUAGAGAUAUUGUUCCGAGAGCCUUCUCCUGUAAUUAUCCUGACCAUGUUGCUGUUCUCCUUAAGCGCUUAAACCGCACAUUUCGUUCACAUCCUUGCCUGACAAAAAAUAAGCUAUUGUAUUCACCAAUGGGAAAAAUAUUCAUUCUCCAACCGGAUGAGAAGACAUCACCUCCACAUCCUUUACUCCCUUCAGAAAACGCCUUCUAUGCGCUUGAUAGUACUAUACAUGGAUACUCUUCAAGAGUUCUAAGCACUUUUCUCAAUCAACCACACCCUAUUGAAACACUAAGUGAUCCAACAGCAUAUGGCUCAGAAGGCACAAUUCUAAGAGACCAUGACUCCAGCAACUACCUUAAAGCUGUCAAUGGAAUCCUAAUACAACAUUCGAAGACUCUUGUUGGCAGAGUAAGAAAGCAAAGGAUUGACGAACUUUGGCCAACGCUGACCUCUCCAUCUCCACACUCAUGGAGCCAUGAACAGAACAUGGAGAGAUGCAGCUUGAUGACAAAGGAGAUAACAACAGGGGUCUAAAAUUAAGCAUCCUUUUUAGGUUCCUACAGAACAAAUAGCUGAAAUUAAAUCAUGAAAUUAACUAUAGCAAAGUAAAUCAUAUUUUUUUUAUGUAUAUUCCUAAAAAUCUAGAAUGCUAAGUGUUUAUAAUAUAUCCAUGAGGAUCACUCCAUAUUUGACUAACAUUGUAUAGUAUAAUAUAAAAUGUCAAUAGUUCCAAUAGAGUAAAAAGUUUCUACAGA